AUGCAGUCAAAUGAUCGAAGCACUCGAUUCAAGGCAGUACAGCUUUGCAGAAAAACUUUGUCGCGUGCAAAGAAUCCUCCAAUUGACGAAUUUUAUAAGAGAGGAGCUGUCGAUAUUCUUGGUUCGUCACUAAGUUCCACUCACGAUGAUCUUGUUUUUGAGGCUGCGUGGGCUCUAACAAACAUUGCUUCGGGUGAUAGCUCACAUACGGCAGCAGUAGUCUCAUCCGGGACGGUCCCAAAGCUGAUACGGCUGUUGAAUCAUUCUGCUAUCAACAUAGCUGAGCAAAGUGUAUGGGCUCUAAGUAAUAUAGCCGGCGAUGGAUCUAAAUUUCGAGAUGUUGUCAUUGAGAGUGGAGUCAUAGAACCAGUCUUACGACUUCUAGAUCGAGUUUGGAAGCAACCUUCUGUGGUAUCAAAUAUUGCGUGGAUGUUAUCAAAUCUCUGUCGAAACCGAGAUCCACCUCCACCACGUGCUGUAAUUAAAAAACUCCUACCCGUUCUCAAUCGGCUUCUGCAGUAUGAGGGUAAUAAAAAUGUUGUAGUAGAUACUGCAUGGGCUCUUUCAUACGCUAGUGAUGCAGUGAAUGAGUUUAUUGAUGAUAUAAUAGAAAGUGGAUGUGUUCCGCUCCUCUUACGUUUGUUAGCAUCAUCAUCAGCAAAUCUCAUUUCUCCAGCUCUCAGAGCUAUUGGGAAUCUGGUCAUCGGUACCGAUGAACAAACGCAAGCUAUUUUGGAUGCUGGCUUGCUAACGUAUAUCCCGGCAUUAUUAAACAAUGAAAAGUCUACCGUGGUCAAAGAGGCUUGCUGGGUGGUGAGUAACAUAACCGCUGGUAGUGUAGAUCAAAUUGACAUGGUUAUAAGUAACAGCAUCGUACCUUGCAUCUUGGAGAUCCUUUAUAAGAGCGAAUUCAGAACUCAGAAAGAAGCUUGCUGGGUUAUCAGUAAUUUUAUAAGCGGCGGUACCCCGGCGCAGUGUGCAUAUUUAUUGAACCAAAAUGUUUUGAAAGCCCUAUGCAAUUUACUUACGGUUUCCGAGUCGAAGGUUGUGCUUAUGGUUUUAGAAGGAAUAAAGAAACUCUUAGAGAUUUCUGAUCAGUAUGGUCAGUUGGAACCUGCUUGUAUUGAGCUAGAGACUUGUGGAGGUUUGGAUAAGUUGGAAGAACUGCAAGAUCACAGUAAUGUUCAGGUUUAUCAAGUUGCUUAUGAUCUUAUUGAAAAGUAUUUCAAUGAUGCGGAUGAUGAGAACGAAAGCAAAGUCGUUGUCGGUGAUGGCACUGAUAAUAAUGAAGCCUUUCCUUCUAACUCAGAACAAGAAUUCCGGUUUAUUGCUCCCGAUGGUGCCUCAGGACAAGGUGGUGACUUUCAAUUUUAG